CUAUCGUGCAGUUCUUCAAGCUGUUUCCCGAGCUUCAAGAAAACAAAUUCUAUCUCACGGGUGAAUCUUACGCUGGAAAAUACGUUCCAAGUGCUGCGUACGCAAUUAAGAAUUACAACGCAAGAGCAGACGUUCCUUUCAAAGUAAAUUUAAAGGGUCUCGCCAUCGGCAACGGUCUUGUGGAUGCGUAUUACCAGUUCAGAUACUGUGACCUUUUGUACAACAUCGGUCUCGUCGAUUCUAACGGUCGAGAUCAGUUGCAACAAAUGGAAGCUCGAACGCAAGCUCUCCUUGAGCAGAAAAAAUACCUAGAAGCUGUAAUCGAAAAUGACUAAGUAUUUUUGAACAUGUUCACUCAAUCCCCUUCAGUGUUUGAGAGUCUGACGGGAUACAAAAACUACCAAAAUCUAUUUGUAAACCAGAAGAAUAAACCACUAUAUUAUGUCGAAUCCUUAAACCGACAAGAUAUUCGCGAAGCUUUGCACGCCGGAGACCGAGAGUUCUUCAGACGCAACGGUAGUAUCGCGAACGAUUUCAAAGCCGAUAUGACGCAGUCUAUGGCACCGAUUCUUGCUGAACUGUUGCAGCAUUACAGAGUAUUGCUGUAUCACGGCCAGUUGGACGUCAUUAUCCCAUACCCGGGAACUCAAUAAGAUAUGAUUAGACAUUUGGAUUGGACUGGUGUUGAUGAAUUUGUGAAAUCGGAGAGAAAACAGUGGUGGGUGGGGAAAGAAUUGGCUGGUUAUUCGAAGACUUAUGGGAAUCUUUCAGAAGUUCUUGUUAGAAAUUCUGGACACUUGGUCCGUGAUGACCGACCGGAGUGGGCCUAUGAUUUAAUCAAACGGUUUACUCAUAACCAACCUCUGUAAAAACGAAUUAAACAACUUCAGAAGUUCUUGUUAGAAAUUCUGGACACUUGGUCCGUGAUGACCGACCGGAGUGGGCCUAUGAUUUAAUCAAACGGUUUACUCAUAACCAACCUCUGUAAAAACGAAUUAAACAACUUGUAUUGCUUGUCAAAUUUUUAGUGCUUAUUUUACUGUUCUUUUUAUGACUGAUUAUUUUGUUUAUGAUUGUAUGACGUAUAUUUUUCGCACAUACACUGUGCGAGUGAAAAUUUUUUGAAAGUAAUGUGUUGUAAUGAAAUAAACAAAACAUACGCAAAUUUAUAUCGCGAUUCAAGGUCAUUUUUUUCUUAUCGCCCGUAUAAGUGAUAUUAUAUUUGAACAAAACUAAUGUUUGAAAAUUAAAACAAACAAGAAAACCUUUUUAUUAUUCAUACCACAAAACACCGAGAUCGAUUUUACUGAAUGUACUACUUUGUAUUACUUUAAUAUGAAUAGCGUUUUUACUCAUAGAAUUUUACACAGUUUUUAUACAUUUCAUUUUAAAAGAUUAUAAAACUAUUUUCAGUUAAUUAUUUAACUUUUCGAGUAGAACAGCAUUUAAUAAUCCUCAAAAGUAUGAUGAUUAUAUUUUAUUUUUUUGGACUGCUGUUCGAAUAUUUCAUUUAAUUGAGACACCCUCACAUGGGUAAGCAGAAAAAACAUUUGCUUACAUUCGGUAAUAAACUGGAUAAAACAUCUUCGUGAAAAACAGGAAAGUACGUUUUGAUAGCAAAAUUUAACAGCGAAAGAGACAGUGCAUAUCGCAAUAAAGAAACUAAAUGAGCUAUUCUAUAAUAAGGGUGAGGUGUUCGGCACGAGACGGAAACUAUAUAGUAGUGUUCAAGACAGUUCCUUUAAGUCUAAAAUUUGAAUUCUCUGAUACAUGGUUUAUAUAGAUAUGAGAGAAUGAACAGCGCCAAAAUCCCGUAUAUUAAAGUGAAUAUUUGAUAGCUGUCUAAAGAAUUUUCCGAUGUGUGUGUGUGCAUUACGAGAUUACUUUUUUCUUAUCACCCGCAUGAACUAUUAUGUUAAACGAGCUUAUCAGGUUGAAAAAUUUUAGUAAAUAAGUAAACGCUCAUUUCAUGUUAGUAAUACGUAUAAAAUCACAAGUAAAAGUGGCCUCAAACCAAUUGCAUGUGUCUCUUUACAAGUGUGGUUUCGGGAAUUCAGUAAAAUCAUGAGACGAAUUAUUUCUAUCGCUCUCACUUUCGCGUGUUUCUCUGCAAACUCGGCGAUCUCAGUUAAAAGUAGCCAUAGUGAAAAAAAUCAGCCGCUGUACUUGACAAAACUAAUUGAGAGUGGAAACUUCAAUGAAGCAAGACAAAGAGCAUUAGUUAAAUCCCAGCACUUUCUGAAUAUCGAAAGCUACGCUGGUUAUUUCACUAUCAAUAAGCAGUACAAUUCCAACACGUUUUUCUGGUAUUUUCCAUCUCAGGAACAUCCGGAAAAUGCUCCAGUCCUAUUGUGGCUUAAUGGAGGUCCAGGCGGGUCAUCGCUAAUUGGUCUUUUCGAGGUAAAUGGGCCAUUUCUACUGACUGACAAUGAAACCAUCUCACUACGCGAGUAUUCCUGGCACAAGGAUCACCAUGUUAUUUACAUAGACAACCCCGUUGGAGUCGGAUUUAGCUUUACCGAUGACAACGCGGGCUAUGCUUGUAAUCAGACGGACAUUGGACGCGACUUACUGGAAGCUAUCGUGCAGUUCUUCAAGCUGUUUCCCGAACUUCAAGAAAAUGAAUUCUAUCUCACGGGUGAAUCUUACGCUGGAAAAUACGUUCCAAGUGCUGCGUACGCAAUUAAGAAUUACAACGCAAGAGCAGACGUUCCUUUCAAAGUAAAUUUAAAGGGCCUCGCCAUCGGCAACGGUCUAAUGGAUGCGUAUUACCAGUUCAAGUACGGUGACUUCUUGUACAACAUCGGUCUCGUCGAUUCAAAUGGCCGAGAUCAGUUGAAACAAAUCGAAGCUCGAACGCAAGCUCUUCUUGAGCAAAAGAAAUACGUUGAAGCUGUCAUGGAAAGCGACCAAAUACUGUUGAAUAUGUUUACUCAAUCCCCUUCAGUGUUUGAGAGUCUAACGGGAUACAUAAACUACCAAAAUCUCUUGGUAAACCAGAAGGAUCAACCACAUUAUUACAUAAGAUUUUUGAAAAAGCAAGUUAUUCGCGAAGCUCUGCACGUCGGCGAUCGAGAGUUUGUGAGAUACAACUCUAAUGUUACGGCUGAUCUGAAAGCAGAUAUCACGCAAUCCAUAACACCGAUUGUCGCCGAACUGUUACAGCAUUAUAAGGUACUACUGUAUCAUGGACAGAUGGACGUCAUUAUUCCCUACCCGGGAACUCAAGAGUUGAUUAGACAUUUGGAUUGGACUGGUGUUGAUGAGUUUGUGAAAUCGGAGAGAAAACAGUGGAGAGUUGGAUUCGAGCUGGCUGGUUAUUCGAAGACUUACGGGAACCUUUUGGAAGUUCUGGUUAGAAACGCUGGACAUAUGGUUCCCGACGAUCAGCCGAAAUGGGCUUAUGAUUUGAUAAAACGAUUCACCCAUAAACAUUCAUUGUAAAAAUAAAACGAGCGUAUCAUGCUUGACCAGUUUUUAAUGCAUAUGUUAUCGUGUGUAUCAUUCAGCGAUGUGCUUGAAUGCAUGAAUUCGACGACUAAUUAUAUUACGUACACUGACGAAA